UUAUGAAAGGAACAUUAGGGCACAUCCAGAAGUAAGUCAUUCUUCUGUGAAUACUUGGACCCACAAUGAGGCCUGUCAUCUUUCUCCAUCUAUCAGUUUUCUGUUACACAUGCGAGGCCAUCACAAGAAUAUUUUACAUUGCUGCUGUGGAGCAGUUGUGGAAUUACAGGGAAGGGACAGUGUUUUCUGAAGAACAAAGGACAAUUUUAAGAUCCCCUGAUUCUCAAAUAUACAAAAAAGCACUUUAUGUGGAAUACACGGAUGAACAUUUCACAGACAUCAAACCUCAGGAGCACUUUACAGGUCUAUUGGGUCCUACAGUCCGCGUUGAAACAUUUGAUACCGUUAUUAUUCACUUUAAGAAUCUUGCAAAUAUUCCAUUCAGUCUUCAUGGUGUUGGGGUAUCGUAUGGGAAAAGUUCAGAAGGUGCAGGAUACAGUGAUGGAACUGGCAAAUUGGAGAAAGCAGAUGAUGCAGUUCCACCCGGACAUACAUACACUUACAUUUGGAAAAUUCCAGAAAACUAUGGACCAGCUGAAUCUGAUCCUAUCUGUUUAACCUCUGCGUACUACUCUCACUGUAACUCCUCCUAUGAUAUUAAUUCUGGAUUAGUCGGAGCAAUCCUUAUCUGUAAACCAGGAUCCCUUACAGAAGAUGGACAUCAAUAUGGAGUCCAGGAAAAAAUAAUUGCUCUUGCAGUGUUUGAUGAAGGUCACAGCCACUAUUCACAUGAUGCAAAAGUUGAGCCAAUACAUACUAUUAAUGGACAUAUAAAUGGCUCCAUUCCAGAGCAGAACGUAUGUCUUAAGAAACCGAUACACUUUCAUGUUAUUGGAUUUGGGACCCAUUUUGAAGUUCAUAGCAUUUCUCUGGAGAGACAUAGCUUUGUGAUAAGAGAUCAUCGUGUCCCGGUACUUUCUGUUACUGCCUUUACCUUUCUAACAGCCAUAGUGCACCCAGGAGAGACAGGCGUAUACACACUAUCCUGCCAGACUUGGACUCAUCCAGAAGGAAAUAUGACAUCUCUGAUCAAGGUUGAAAAUUGCGCAUCUGAGUCUGAAAAGCGAAUGCGUGUAUUAGCUAAUGAUGAUGAUGAUGAUUACGAAGAUUAUUAUGAGUCAACAGUGUUGAAUUUGGAUGAAGACAAUGAUACACCUCAUGUUGAUAUAAGAUCUCAUGGAAAACGUAAACCAGUCACAUGGACACAUUAUAUUGCAGCCAUAGAGCUGGAGUGGGACUAUCAGUUAGAAAAAGGUAACAAAAGGACACGUUUUACAAAAGCAGUGUACAAAGAGUUUACAGACUCUCGAUUCACCCAUCCAAGAAUAUCAGAAAUUCCUGGAACAGGGAUCCUUGGGCCAGUUCUUAGAGGAGAAGUUGGAGAUCAAAUUCGGAUUGUGUUCAAAAAUAUGGCCCAUCAUCCCUUCAACAUUUAUCCACAAGGACUGAGUAAUGUGAGCUCCACGCAUCGUUUUUUGACAGGAGAACAAUUGAAAGAUUAUCCUGUUCAGCCAAAUGAGUCCAUAACAUAUAUAUGGCCAGUGACAAAAUUCGACAGCCCUGCAUCUUCUGAUCCAAAAUGUCUUACAAGAUAUUAUGCCAGUUUCCACAACCCACGUAGAGAUUUAGCUUCGGGUCUCAUUGGACCACUUCUAAUCUGUUCAAAACAAACUUUGGAUCAAGGGGGAAAUCAGAUUGUCACAGAUAAGGAACAUAUUCUUUUCUUCUCUGUAUUUGAUGAAACGCUUAGCUGGUACCACACAAAAAAUUUCCAAAGCUCAGAAAACAUAACAAGUGACAUAUCCCCAAGAGAAAAUUUGCUGUACACUAUAAAUGGUCUGGUGAGUUCUCUCCACCUCACUAUUUGUCAGAAUGAGGUCAGUGUAUGGCAUGUUUUGAAUCUUGUUCAGGAAACAGAACUACUAUCAAUUUAUUUUGGAGGCAGUACUUUUUUUGUAGACUCAAGCUAUGAAGAAACUCUGACGCUCUUUCCAAUGAACGGAAAGACUGUUAUUAUGGUCAUGGAGAAAAAAGGGCAAUGGUCUGUGACGACUAAAUCAUCAUUGGCAGAGUUAGGUAUGAGAGCAACACUGAGUGUUUCACACUGUGAAGACCCCCAAGAUGAAUAUUAUGAUUAUGAUCAUGAUAAUUUAAAAGAAUUGCAGCAAGAUUCUCAAUCGUAUCAUUUGGAUACUUCUCACAAAAUGCUUCCCUUUGGACCCCGGAGCAUGUUCGGUGAAAAGAAAAGUGCUGGGCAUUUGAAAAAUACAAUAAGUGAUGAUGACGAUGCUUUUAGUUUUUUUGUAAACUCAUCUAAUCCAAUUAUAGCAAUGCGCAGUGCAACUGACAAAAAAGAAAUGACAGAAAUGAAAAAAGAAGAGAAAUAUCACAGUAUAAAUGAAAUGCCUAAAGAUAAAAAGGAGGAAAGCAAGCAAUUCCAGAAUAAAUCUGAACUUACUAAGAAAAUGGGUGCUCAUGUAGACUUUUAUGAUUACGAUUACGGCAAUUCUAAUUUGGAGUACAUUGAUAUGUAUUCAGACCUUCCGGAAAAAGACCCUCGUAGUUCUGAAGGACAACUGCGGACAUAUUUUAUUGCAGCUGUGGAAGUCAUGUGGGACUAUAGAGCUGGAACCUCACCAUACUUUAUAAAACAAAAUCAUCAUUAUUCCCAUGGAUUUCAGAGAUAUAAGAAAGUGGUAUUCCGUGAGUAUCUAGAUAGCAGCUUUAAGGAACCAGCACUUCGUGGAGAGAGAGAUGCUCACCUGGGACUGUUAGGACCAUGUAUCCGUGCAGAAGUAAAUGAUGAAAUCAUAGUACAGUUUAAGAACAUGGCCUCUCGUCCAUACUCGUUCUUCUCCAAUGUUUUAGCAGUACCAUGGAGAGAAGAGAAUGUUCCCCCACAACAGACUCGUACAUACACAGGAAAAGUGAGCUCUCAGUUUGCACCUACAGACUCUGAAGAGGAAUGCAGAACAUGGUUUUAUACCUCUAAUACUCACCCGUACAAAGAUUUUCAUUCUGGACUCUUCGGACCUUUGCUCAUCUGUCGACCUAAAGUGUUAAAGAGAUCCAAUGUUCUUCAGCUAUCAAUGCAAGACUUCUCACUUAUAUUUAUGGACAUUAAUGAAACUGAGAGUUGGUACUUCAAGGAGAAUUGGAGGCAACACUGCCCUUUGACUUGCACUGCUAAAAUGGGUUCAAUUGCUUCCUGUCCUGCAGCCUGUAAUAUGGAAAAAGCUUCUGCUGAAUUGCAGCAUGAACACAUCUUUCACGCUAUCAAUGGAUACGUUGAUGACACAACACCUGGUCUGGUUCUUUCAUUGAAGAGAAAAGUACGAUGGCAUCUAAUGAGUCUAGGGAGAACAGAAAUUAUUUCUAUCCAAUUUCAUGGGAAUAUCCUUACACAACGGAGUCACAAAGAUCAUCCCAUCAACAUAGUAAACCUAUACCCUGGUGUUGGUGUCACCCUAGAGAUGGAAGCUCAUACAACUGGUCUGUGGCAUAUAGAAUCAGAAGCAGUAUAUGAAAGCUAUAAAAUGAAAGCAAUUUACCUUGUAUAUGAUGCACGGUGUCACCAACCUCUUGGUUUGUCAACUGGAAAAAUUAGAGACUCGGAAAUUUCUGCAUCGGGACACUAUGGUUCCUGGAUACCAUCACUUGCCAGAUUGAGAAAUACUGGAUCUAUUAAUGCAUGGAGUGUGGACAGUGUGGAUUCCUGGAUACAGGUGGACCUUCGAACACCAAUGUUGGUCCACAGCAUACAAACACAAGGUGCUCGGCAACGUCUCCUUUCUAUAUACAUAUCCCAGUUCCUUGUAUUCUACAGCUUGAAUGGGGAGAAAUGGAGUCCAUAUCAAGGAAAUACCAGCAGCAAUCAAAUGGUAUUUUUUGGUAAUGUAGAUGCAUCUACUAUCCGAGAGAACAGCUUUGAUCCUCCAAUUAUUGCUCGUUUCCUGCGGCUCCACCCAACGCAUACAGGCGCAAGAGCUGGACUGCGCAUGGAACUUUUUGGCUGUGACCUAACCAGUUGCUCAUUGCCUCUUGGUAUGGAGUCAGGUGAAAUUUCUUCAUAUCAUAUAUCUGCUUCCUCUUAUUCUUAUUCAGUUUUUUCUUCAUGGGCUCCCAAUUUAGCAAGACUUAACCAGCGAGGUCGCAUUAAUGCAUGGAGACCCCAGGCAGACACACAAGGUGAAUGGCUUCAAGUAGAUCUUGCUCAAGAGAUGAAGGUGACUGGACUAAAAAUUCAGGGUGCACGCUCAUCAUUUACUUCAAUGUACAUCACCCACUUCUUUGUAAGCUUCAGUAAUGAUGGUAAAAACUGGACAUUUAUACGUGAAGAAAAUGGUCAACGAAAGAUAUUUCAGGCGAGUAUGAAUUCGGACACACCUGUGUGGGUCACCUUUGACAUGCCAAUUAUAACUCGUUUCAUGAAACUGUAUCCUGAGAAGUGGAUGGGAGGCAUAGCUCUGCGGAUGGAGGUUAUGGGAUGCAAUAUAUAACUUGUUAUCAUGAUAGAUAAUGUUAAAACAUGAGAUAGUUCUGCACCUAUAAGUAACUUACACCCACUGUAUCAUAAGAUAGAAAAUAUGUGUUAUUACAAAGCUGCAAUAUCUUGUUAGUCUGCCUGGUGCUUUCAUAUACUAUUUACAAAGCAUAACAUAUAUUUCUCUUUUUAAUGCACGUACAAUAUGUGGUAUAAAUGUACAAAAAUACCUAUGCUUGGGCUUGAUGGCUGAUUUGUUAUGUUACAUAGUAUUCUACUGUGAUCAAUUGUGUACAAUUUCCUUUACAGUGUUUCUAUGAUAGAUGUUAAACUGUGCAGGAGUCAAGUUAUAUGCAGAUUUUCAGAAGUGUCUUUGUUGUCCAUACAGCCCCAUCAUAGCACAGUUUUGCUCCUAUAAAAUUAAAGCCGCAGUAUACUUGGUUAUUUUGGCCUAGGGGUGUUGCUAGGGUCUUAAAAGAUCCAGGGCCCAAGCCCCUAUGCAUAUGGCCCAAUUCUCUAAGUCGCUUUCUCCCCAAACUCACAUGCUUAAGCACUAAAGACAUAUUUUACUUGCUGGAUGGACACUACCAAACAUAGAGGACUAUACAGCACCACAUACCUCUCGCAUCCAGGGCCUCACAGGUAUGUCUCUGAUAUAGACAUUCUUUCCUCACCUUCUCCAUUCGGCACAGACAACUUCUUUCCGUCACCUCUCGUUUGACACACAGAUAUCUUAGGUUCCUCACUUUUCUAUCAUCCGCCUCAAGCUGGUACCACAACAGUAUUAUCCUGCUGCUACCCCCAAUACUUUGGCUGCUGUGUUUCCCACUGCCCCCAAAUACUAUACUGCAGAAAUAAUAGUACCAUACAGAUAGUCUCCCCAUAGUAAUAUAAAAGUCCCACCAAUAGCAAUAAUUUUCUCCCAGAGUUCCCUUAUUAUUAAUAGUGCCCUCAAUAAUGAUAAUGCUCCUCAAGAGUGCCUGUUAGUAGUGCUCUGAUAUUGUGCCAAAUAAUAAUCCCACCGUAGUGCACUCAGUAGUAAAAAGACAUGUCUACAGAACCCUCUACAGCAACCCUAUAAAGUAGUAUUAAGGCACCUUGAUAGUGUUCUCAGUAAUUAUAAUGUCCCCUUUAGUGCCCCUAGUAGUUAAAAUGCCCCCUACAGUGCCUCUAGUUCUUACAGUGCCCCCUUGUAGUGCCCCAGACCUAACGGUACCCCCCCUGUAGUCCCCCAUUCUUUAUAGUGCCCCCAUACCUUACAGUGCCCUCAGUACUUAAACAUCCCCCAUAUUGCCCCUAGACUUACAGUGCCCCCAAACCUUAUAGUACCCCCUGAGGUGCCCACAGUUCCUAUAGUGCCUCCAUAUAUAUAUAUAUAUAUAUAUAUAUAUGUAUAUAGCGUCCCUGUGUAGUGUCCAGUAUUCAUAGUGCCCCAGUCCUUAAACUGCCCCCUGUAGUGCCCACAGUACUUAGAGGUGCCCCUGCACUGCCCCCAUAAAAAAAGAAAAAAAAGAAAAGAUACUCGCCUGACUUCCAACCACUGUGAUGUAACGAUGAGUUCCCAGCUUCUCCACUCAGGUGCUUGCGUUGAAGUCACCGUCCCGUACCGUACCAUAGUAUUUCUAAUAGGCCUCAGGUCUAUUCUCUUGCGGCCUAUGAGAGAGAACUGAGAGACAGUGAGCAAUUGGCUCCCCUGUCCCACCACAGUGAUUCAAUUGUAUAGCCACCCUGAGGACGGGGAUACAAUCGUAUCUCCAGCGGCCAGUAUAUUCGGGCUCUGUGACAAAAUAUCUGGGGCCCAGCAUUUGAAUGUUUUGACCUAGCAACAACCCUGCUUUGGGCAACAUGACACUUUACUGCACAAGAAGAACAAGUCUCAUACUGUGACUACAACAAAAUGUAAAAAUAGUCCAUUUUUGUGAUCCUGGUAUAGCAAAAUCACACAAAAGGCAGCAGUGUAGCCUUGAUCAUUCCCAAAUGAAGUGUUCUUUACAGAACAGUGCAUAGCAAGGUAAAAUGCUAAUUUUGUGGUUGGCCCGAGUUCAGGCCCUGCAUACAGUCUUAGUAUAUAACAGUGGGUUUCCCAGCAUUACUACAUCUUGGCACAAGCAUCAGACACAUAUCACUGUGGGUCAGGGUCAUAUAAUGGGUCUCCACUGGAAAAACUCUGUAUAUUGCAUUUUGCGUUUUUUACAUUGAAUAUUCUGUUUUAUUGGUUGAUUCUUUUUCAAUAUUAUUAAUAAAUAUAAUCUUUGAGUCUGAAA